AUGGCUAUCGCAAACCCAAUUCUCAACUUCGUCGUUCGCGGCUUCCAAGCUCUUUUCGGUGUUGUUGUACUCGGGAUCUCUGUCUCUUUGAUACGCGGUCACCACUGGGGUAGCCUCCCAGCCAGUUUGGGGUUCUCCGCUUUCGUGGGCGGCGUCACAAUCUUGGGAGCUGCUUUGGGGGUCGCUGCUCUAUUCUUGACCUUCCUAGAUGGCAUGGUUGGCUUGAUCAUUGAUGCCUUGGUUGCUCUCAUCAAUGCGGCAGGUGGAAUCGUACUCGCUAUCAAGAUCUCUGGUGUGGACUGCAACGGUGACAUAGACUACCACAGUGCUGCCAAGAUAGUCUUCAACGACAUCUUCAAUGGUGGUUGCCGCCGCGAUGAUCAGUGCUGGUACUGGUUCACCGACCCUGAAGCUAUGGUAUCGAGGUGUAGGUCGACCCAAGCCGAUUGUGUCUUUAUGUUCCUUGCAGUUCUUGUCCUCGCGGUAUCCGCCAUGCUGGCUUUCUUGCGAAUGAAGAAGGGCUACUAG